AUGGUUCCUCACGCAAUAUCAGGGCCGGAAAGCACAGGAAGCGUCCGGGACCUCCAGAGCGAAGCUCAAUACUAUGUGCGCAAGAUGACUAUCAACAUCACAAACGCCAGUUCCCUGGGCCCUUUAGACACACCGGAGAAAGCCGAUGAGCUCGUUGCUCUCUGGGAUGAUUUCUACGAAGUCAUCGCCUUUACAACGCUGGACAGCGAACUCGAGCGCGAGAUCCUGGAAGAUCCAGCGAUUAUCAAAAUCAUGCCAGAUAUCAGACGGAUCCUGGGAGAGAGUGAGGUAGCUCUAGAAAAGACCUGGGCCGAUCGGGUUGUGGCUGUAAAAGAUCCCUCAGAAGCACGGAAGAUUUUUGUCUCAACGCCAUUACACGAAUUCUAUGAGCACGUGGUCAAGGCGGAGUGGUCCGCGAUGCUCUCAAUCUUAGGCCGGACCCCUACCUCUGUGGCCAUUUUGGGAUCCGGCGCCAUGCCUGAGACAGGGAUCUGGAUCACCGACUGGGCGCAGAAGAAUGGUCAACAAGUCCACAUCUAUAGUCUUGAACUAUUCCCUGACCGGCUAGAGCAAGGCAGAAAGGUUUAUGAUGCUCUUACUGGAUCAAAGCAUUGCACCUUUGAAGCAGGCGACGUUCGAACGACUCCUCAGGACCUCAGCGCCCACGAUAUCGUUUAUUUCAACGCCGCCGUUGGCACCACGACCCUGGAGAAGGAGACGAUCAUUCUCGACGUCGUCAAGCGUAUGCGCGUAGGUGCUUACAUGAUCACCCGAAGCACCCACUCUCUCAAGACCAUGGCAUACCCGCCCGCCCAGAUCCAGACACCGCGCGUCUUCAAGAAGCUAAGGCCGGUCCAAACCUGCCAUCUCAACGGCGAGCGUGGCAAGAACGCCAGUGCGAGUUUCAUCAUCUCAAGAGUCGUUUAG